ACAUUGCUAGAAACUGGUUGACUGAUUAACCUGCAAUACAUAUUCCUAAACUCUACACUGCAUACAUACAUACGCUGUACUCUACCUGAAAACCUUGCGUGCUUGUGCCCGACAAAAGUGUGUUCUUCGCGUCGUAUUGAAGACUCCUUUCCAUCAAAAGUCAACCUCUUUUGGAAUAAGAAAAUCAAAAUUCAAUCUGCCGAGAGCAGAGCUAGCUGACUCCCAUCCCAUGUUCUCUUCUAUAUAAGCGCGAAGCGUCACAGACAUUCUCUUCACAGCUCCACACAAACCCAUCCUCGAUCGAGCUCAUUAGCUAAAAGCCAAUAAGCCAAACACUUGCAUUACUUUCCCUUCUCUCCACAAUGGCGAACGCCGCCUUCCUUCUGAUCUUCACUCUUCUUGCCACCGUCACCGCCACCACCAUCAGCGCUGGCCCAGCUUUACAGGCAAGGAGGAGCCGUUUCCUGCUCGUUGGUGGCGCUGUCCAGCCCCCUCUUCCAACUUACGACUGCUCCAAGAAGUCGGCCGAAGCAUGCCUCGUGCCGGGGAGCGCCGGGCCGGCGUGCUGCGGCGGUCACUGCGUGGACACCGUCGCCAGCGCCGAGCACUGCGGCGGCUGCAACAAGGCGUGCAAGCAAGGCCGGACGUGCUGUGGCGGUCACUGCGUGGAUCUUCUCUCCGACAAGAAGAACUGCGGCAGCUGCUCGAACCGGUGCAACAAGAAGUGCUACAACGGCUUCUGCGACUACGCGGAGUAA